ACGGGGCUUAACGGGGCGCUCAGGUUCCGGUAACGGCUGCGACGAUGCUGCUGCUUUCACACGGAGGCUCUCGGCUAAAACUCGUAUUUUUAAACAUUAUGACUUUGUUUCAACGUGUACAAGAUGUUAUUGAAUGUGUUGUUUUUCUCUGCGGGGUUUUAAAUGAUACAAUUAUAAAAUACGAUGUUUGUGAACUGUGAAAAUUAAAGGCUUCAAAAUAAGAGCGUUUCAGUUACGAGAUUAACAAAAUAAAUACACCAAUGAAUCUGCAAUAAUUUGCUGCUGACGGUGAAUAUCGUCCCGGUUUCGUUCUUGGAUCAAACGUCACCUCAUGAAUGAAUAAUGGAUGCAGUUCAUUCUCACGGGCUUUAGAUGCUACAUGAUGUGGAACAUGUGUGUAGGCGGUGGGUCUCCUGACAGAAACACGUACAUCAGUACUGAGACUAAUGAGCUGCAGCCUGACCGUAAUCCCUGUGAAGGGAGGUGGGCGGGGCUUACAGGUAGACCACACCGUCACCCCAUGACGUCACGAGGCGGCCGCAGGUAUCCUGUCAGUGACAUUCAAAUUCAUUCAUUUGGUUUCAUGUCAUUAUCGAUGGUGGAAUGUUUUUAUUAUUGCAAAGCGCAUUCAUUGUUAUUAUUUUGGACUUAAAUUAACAAAAAAAAAGAUCACUAGUUAAUUAUUCAAAAUGAACAGUAAAACCUUCUUUUACAUGAAUGCAUUAGUAAUAAUAAUCCAAUAACAAUAUGGUAGCAUAACAGUCAUAGGGGACAUGUUCUGCUUUAAAUACUCAUAUUAUACAGUAAUAAUUAGUAGACUAUAUCGUCCUCUGCUUUCCACAGUGAAACGGUCCAGACAGCAGCAGUAACAGGAACCAUGGUGACCAAGAAAAUCCGGACGGAGUACAUGAAGAGGUUCAGGGAUCCCAAAUGGGAGACGUUUUCCAAGUGUUACGAGGACUCCCUGAAGUACCGUCUGAGCCGGCGGGUGAUGGAGCAUUCCCACAAGCCCUGGUUCUGGGAGGGCUGGGACAGCAGCUCGGGAUCCAGCGGCUGGUCCACGCCGAGGCCGAGCCGCAACAAAACCGCCCCCCUGUCCGUCGCCCGGCCGGCCGCGGGGGCGAAGCCGAGGACGGACCCGCCUUCUGGGGAAAGGAGAGGCGGAGAAGCGGGCGGAGAAGCGGGCGGAGGCGCUGCGCCCGCCGCAGUUGUAGAAAACGGCGUGAGCGAGGACGGCGGCGGGUCUGCGGCGGCGGUGGCUCCGGACCCCGGCGGGUCCUCGGGGGACGCGGACAGCGGCCCCGCCGACUCCACGUCCUCCGAGGGGGAGCCGGCGAACUCGCCGCCGAAGCGACGGCCCCGGCGCCGCGCCCCCCCUCGCCAGGACGGCCCCCCCGCCGACGAACCGGCCGCGCCCCGCAAAACGCCGAGAGCGAAGAGCCAGCCGCCCAUCGGCGCCAAGGAGAGCCGCAGGCCGCCCGGCCGCCCGGACUGGGCCAGGAGACACGCGGAGGUCAAGAGGGCGCCGAAUGACAUCCUCACGUCUGACGCCUGCGUUCAGACCCGGCGGGCGUCCGGUAAACGGGCCUCGGAGCCGGACCGGCGGCGGGCUCGCUCUGCCGACCUGGAGAAGACGAGGACGUCUCAGCUGACGGCGGUGGACGACCGCUGGGUGACGGAGUACAUGCGCUGCUUCUCCGCCCGGCUGAGGUAGAGACGGGACCCCCGUCCCCCCCCAGAGCCACGUCUCCUUAUCGGGACAAAGUGAGAACCACGUUGUCUUCAGAGGGAAACAAACACCAAGUUUAUAUUAUUAUUAUUAUUAUAUUCUGUAUCUCUAAAUCUCCCCGUCCACUAUUUAUGUGUUUUUUGCUCGACAGCAGGACACUUUGUUUUUGAUGUCUCUUUUACUUCGAGGAGUAGAACUGAUUGUACUUUAUUUAUUCUGCUGCUUUUCUCUUUAUGUUCAUAGUUUUGUUUGACGAAAGGCAGCUGAGUGUUUGUGACUCAAAGGCAGCAGAAACGGACCAAACUCAAGUAUUUUUGAUAUUUGACUAUUUUGGACCUCAUGUUUAGAUGAGAAUAAGCUACAUAGAAACAAUAUGUACCAAAUAAGUAUUUAUUAUGAAGUAUUUACGAGUAUUUUCUGAGUAGAAACUAUAUUUAAGAUGUGCUGCCUUUUAUGAUUCACUUGAAUAAACUUUUAGUUCACAUUUGUUUUAACGAGGAUGAAAACGCUAAAACCAAAUCCUCUUAAUUCACACGUAAGUAAUGAACCAAAAGUAUCAGACUCUUUGCUUCAGUACAAUUUUAGAUAACUGAGAUUAAUUUAAAUGCAACAAUGUAAUAUUGUUAAUUCAUGUUGCUGAAAACAGCUGAAGAUUAAUUUAUUAGAAAACAAGCUACAAGAUAGUUUGCUGAAGUUUUAUUUGGCGGAGGAAUGAAGACUGCCGGCUUAUUAAACUUUCAUCCGUCGAUCAUUAAUUCAAAGCAGUAAUCAUGAAGCAGCUUUGAAAGACAAUUUAAAGUGCUUUACACAUGAUUGACAGGACCAAAACAAGAGGAACACGGAGCGAAGAUAAGAGAAAAAUGAAAUACUUAAAAUGACGUGAUUGUAUUGUGUGUAUUUAUCGAGUGGAGUCAUCACUAACUGAACUGAUCACAUGACCAGAUUAAUCCGGAUCGAUCUGCUCACAGAGUUCAAGGCUUCUUUUUCCAGUUAAAUCAGAAUAUUAUAAAGAAUGUGCUGAGUAUCGGGAUCCCUCAAAGUAACUACCGGGAUCUAAUUUAUAUUACAGUGAAUAAAUAAUCAAGGGAUCUUAACAGGAAACUGUUAAUGAGGAAUUAAAGGGAAAUAAUGUUCAGUUUGGGUCCAUUUGACGUUUAGAUUUAAAUCAAACCGACUCAGAAGAAAAGAUUUGACUGUUGGAACCAACGAUUGUAAAGAAAUGUCAGCGCGACUCAGAGGGCUAAAGUUCACGUUCACACUUAAUUUAAAGUCACUAGUUGAUUUUAGAACCUCGUCACUCUGAAUGUGCAAAACUAUCUUUCCAUUUUAUAUUUCCCUUUGAACAUGAAAAAAUGUUUCUUAAAAGUACAGAAGACCCUUAAAUAUGAAAAAGAAUCCUGUUUGUUUCUACGUUUACACACAGACUCAUUAGUUAUAAAAUGUUUCUUUAGAACAACGUGGUGUUGUGAGCAAACGUCUCAGGUACAAAUACGAUGUUAAUAAAGUCAAAAGUGUUUGAUUCUCUGUGCGGUUUCUGUUUUGGGGCCCGAUGAGACAAAAUGUCUGACAAUCACAGUAAAGUAUCGUAUUCAAACUAAAGAUUAAUAUAAAUGAUGCACUGUGGGAGAAAGUUGCUUUCAUUGGUUUGCUGGAUCUCUGAAGCUUUGACUCAUUUUAUCAGUUAACGUUUAUAUUUUGUGUAACUAUCUGAUAACGUGCACUAAUCACACUGCUGUGAGUGAAUCAUUUGAAUAGUUUAUAUUUGUCUGGUAUUUAAAUAUGGAAUAAAAUCCGUUUUUAUCUGCAUCA